CUGACUUUUCACGAUAUACGGAGAAUAAGUUGGUAGAAUUGACAAUUGACAAUACUGUCUUUGUAAAAAAUUAUACGUGAAUUUUAAAAUUGACAGACUUCUGGGCUUGGUUAAAAAAUUGUUCUAUAGAUCUGUAAAACAGACCCAUAACAAAAUGGGAUUUAAUGAUAUGCUAAAUUAUGUAGUCUAUGAUAAUCCGGUUUCAAAAACUGCUGUGUCUCUGUCCAAAUCUACUUUAUCUCUUGUUUCUGGCAAUAAAACUUCUGCCAUCCCUUCAGUGACGGUAAUUACAGAAAAGACACCUUUAUGGAAAAUGGCAGCAGAAGGUGGCCCCUUUAUCAAAAUAGCAGGGAUUAUGGGAGCUUCCGCAGUGGCUUUGGGUGUGUAUGGAGCACACAAAAAAUACCCCAAAGACAAAGUCAAUGAACUCAAACCAAUUUAUGAAACCGCAAGCCGAUACCACUUUUUUCACACAUUAGCUCUCUUAGCAGUUCCUAUGACUAGAUAUCCUAGUGUGACUGGAAGUUUGCUUAUAACUGGAACAAUACUUUUUUCUGGAGCAUGUUAUUAUCACGCAUUCACUGGAGAAAAUAAACUUGGAAAAAUGGCCCCAAUAGGCGGCACCUUACUUAUUUUUGGAUGGCUGUCCAUGGUGAAUGAUUUGAUCUACGUUUGUGGUGCAUAUACGAAAAUGUAGUUUUUUUGUUGGUAAUAAACAAUAUAAGUAGCAUAUA